AUGGCAUGUUCAUUCAAGGGUUUAGGAAGCCAAUAUCUUCUGAAGAUCUCGGCGCGAUCGAUAGCAAGUUCGACUCAGCUGCCAUUCAUCAACAAAUCCACGAUGAGUGGUCAAAGCAAGACCGCCGAGUCAAAUGGCCUCUCCUCUGGACCCUCUGGAGAGCACUUCGAUGGUCUAUCUUGUCAGCAGUACCGGCUCGGCUCUGCUACGGCGGGAAAUGACAUCGGCUACGGUCUCAUAACGGCAACUGGUUGUAUCUACGUGGGAAUAGCGAUAUCGACGGCUAUCUACAAGCAUCAGUUGUACCGUCAUAUUACCUUGGUCAGAGGCGCGCUUGUUACCCUCAUCUACUCUGAGACAGUCUCCGUGGAGCAAACCUUUGACGGUCCAUCGGCCAUCCUGACACUUAUGAACACCGACGUGGACCGGAUCUACCAACGUGUAUUUGUGCUUCCCGAUCUUUGGUCUCGCCCCUUGGAGCUGGCUGUUGGGACCAUUCUGCUGGCAUUGCAAAUUGGGUUGGGUCAUCACCGCCGAUUCUCGCGUCACGGUGAUGAUAGGCGGAAAAGUCAAGACAUGGAACGACGCGGUUUGGGGUUCCUUAAAUGUGUCAAAAUCCUAGGACUCACCGGACCCAUACAUUUGAUGCUCCAGAAUGAAAGACUACGCGAGCUGCGCUUCCAGGUGAAGUUUCGCCAAUCAACUGUUUGGCUGAAUACAUUGGGAAACGUGCCGCCUGCUCUUGCUGCAGCUGUUACCUUCAUCGCAUACGCAAUAAAAGCCAAACUUGAGGGUUCUGCCUCAAUAAAUGCCUCUGAGGCCUUCACAAAUCUUGCUCUCAUCUCUUUGGUCGCAGCCCCUUCCGCCAAUAUUCUGACAGCUUAUCCCGCGGCAGCCUCAUGCAUCGGUUGUCUAAGCGGGAUCAAGGCGUACUUGAUGAAACCACGAGCUCAUACUCUCAAUCGAGAAGUUACUGAAACGAAUGCUCUGCCGAACAAGGAGAAUUCCGGCUUCCGUGCGGUUCAGGAUGCUGCAUGCAUAUCCCGUUCCAAUACCAGAAGGCUCAGCGGCUAUCAUGAUAUUCUUCAAACUCUGGAUUCAAUCCUCCAACCCGGAAACGUCACUUUCAUUCUGGGGCCAAGCGGCUCAGGUAAAUCCACAUUCUUGAGAGCUGUAAUGGGUAAAAUGUGCCACUCUGAGCCCAUAUGGUCAAGAGGGGAACUUAUCUACUGCGAAAAAGUCCCGUGGCUUUUUACAGGUACUAUUCAGGAGAACAUUUGCAGCACCAACAUUGAGAAUUUUGACGAGGGUUGGUAUCGAUCUGUCCUUGCUACGUGUGCUCUUCAAAAUGAGCUUAUUUCAUUGCCGCGAGGCGACCUGACGCACAUUGAUGGCCAAGCUUCCAGUCUCAAUGGAAGUCAGAAACAGCGUGCUGUGCUCGCUCGUGCUCUAUACCUGCGACCUCGACUGAACCUGCUUGAUGAUUUGCUAAGUUCUUCGGACUUGGAAACGGAAAGACCAGUUAUACAGGGAUUACUGGGACGAGACGGUCUUCUACGAAAGCUCCAUGCAACUGGAGUUAUUGUUGCUCAGAGUUGGCGCUACGCAGAGGUUGUGGACUGCUUGUUCGCGAUUGACAGCGAAAGAAAUGCCAGUUUGAUUCUGAAAGCAGCUAGAUUCGACGACAGCAUUUUCAACACUGAUGCGGAUCUACCUGCAAGCAUUGGAGAGUCGAAACCCACAGAUGAAAAGAUCAAAAUCUUUGUGGUUGUUCCCGGGACUGGGUUGGCUGGGAAGCUUGCCCGCAAUGACAGUGACUUCUCAGACUACGCUUAUUACUUCAAAAGCAUGGGCUGGCUGUGGGUCGUUUCAUUCUUUCUAUUCACCAUCGUCCAGACAAUUUGCUAUUACAUGUCCCAAGUCAUCCUGCAAUGGUGGACCGCAGACGGUGGGCUGGAUGUCGCGAAAUGGACGCCACUCUAUUUCUUCCUGGCAUGUGACAAUGCCAUAUUCUUCGGUCUUACAACCUGGGUAAAGUUUCUCAAACUGGCGCCGGAGUCUGCUGCGAACUUGCAUCGAAUACUGCUGGAUACUGUAACAAAUGGGACUUAUUUGUUUCUCGCAAAGACCGACGUUGGCAUAUUGCUCAACAGAUUCAGCCAGGUGGAUCUUCAGACCUCUCGUCGACUCCGGGUUAUUGAGCUUGAACUGAGGAGCCCGCUAUAUUCCCACUUCCUCGAAACAAUGAAAGGGCUCAGCAGCAUCCGGAGGCUUCACUGGGAGCAACAAUUCACAGACCGCAUGAUUAAAAAGCUCGAUGAUUCACAGAUUCCUUACUACUUACUCUAUUUGCAACCCACACACCGGGAGAGGAGACACCGCUCAGAUGGCGGUAUCGAGCUUCACAACCUCAUUGCUGGUUACAAUGCGUCCGACAAUACCCUCAACAAUAUCACAAUGUCGAUUCGGCCAGGUGAAAAGAUUGGGCUGCGCGGACGCGCUGAGAGUGGCAAGACUUCCCUCCUCGCUUUUUUGAGACUGUUGGAUGUAUCACAAGGCUCCGUAAUUGUCGAUGGCAUCGAUCUCAGCACCGUUCCUCACGCGACAAUCCGAGAACGUAUCCUCAGCGUCCCCAAAGAUUCCUUUCUUAUCCAACGGAGAACUGUGCGAUUCAACGUGGAUCCCAAUGGUGAGCAUAACAAUGCACAAAUAAUCUCUGCAUUCGCCAAGACGUUUCUGUGGCCUAUCCUGGAAAAGAAUGACGGGCUAGACACGAUCAUCGCUUCAGAGCUCCUGUCUCCGGGAAAAAGCAGCUAUUCAGUCUGA